UCACACAGCAUUUAAUACUGUAUUGUCACAGUCUUUUCUUGCUGAUGUACGCUACAGUAUUUUACUACCGCAAUAUAUUGAUAAUGCUAAUACUGAUACAGCUGUGUAAUGGAGCCAACAGUAAUAGUAGCGAUACCCAUCACCGCCACUAGGGGCCGCUGGCCGCUGGCUAACUCGCUGUAAGCUAACAGAGCUGGUUUAUUCAUUGUAGCGAUCCGGGAUGCUCCGACGCUGCUGGAAAUGCCUCAGAAGGUAAAGGAGCCUGGCAGUUACCUUUGUACGAGCAAAAAGCUUUGUGGAUAAAAGUUUCUGCAAACUAAGAAGUUCUUGGAUACGCUUUGUGGUGAGCCUGAGGAACUGAGAGACUGUUUUGGACCGCUUGGACGGGGAUGUUGUUCAGCUCCUCACAAGUUUAGACAGCUAACGCUACGCCGAAUUUUGCUAACGUUAGCGCAACAGCGUUAGCCUAGCCUGCUAGGUAAAUAUUACGGCUGCCUCUCGGAGUUUGCUGCAUCGUGUCCACGUUGUCAACGUAAGAACUGUGCCGUUAGUAGUCAUUUUUUAUCACAAUUUUAUUGAAUAUAACAGCAAGCUUUGCUCCCACGAGAUGGGUGGGUUUUUGUUACGUUACACACAAAGCUAACUGGCUAAGUUAGCCUGUUCGCGUGCUAGCUGACAUUAGCUAACGUUGCCGAGCCAGCCAGCAACUUCGGCUGGAGAGUUUCGGCGAGCUAACCACGACAGUGUUGUCGCCCACAGUCAACCUCUGCUGCUAGAAGCAGUCAAGCUGCAGUCAUGUUUGAGAUGGAGACACAUAUAUCGUGCCUUUUCCCGGAGAUCCUGGCCAUUAUUUUCAGUUAUCUGGACGUUAAAGACAAAGGAAGAGUAGCCCAAGUGUGCGCGGCCUGGAGGGACGCGUCCUACCACAAGUCGGUGUGGAGGGGGGUGGAAGCCAAGCUCCAUCUGCGGCGAGCUAACCCGUCUCUGUUCCCCAGUCUGCAGACCAGGGGGAUCAAAAAAGUUCAGAUUCUCAGCCUGAGGCGAAGUCUGAGCUACGUGAUCCAAGGUAUGCCGCACAUUGAAAGCCUUAACCUGUGUGGAUGUUUCAACCUCACAGACAACGGACUCGGACAUGCCUUUGUGCAGGACAUCCCAUCCCUGCGGGUGCUGAACCUCAGCCUUUGUAAACAGAUCACUGACUCCAGCCUGGGUAAGAUCGCCCAGUACCUCAAAAACCUGGAGGUGCUUGAACUCGGGGGGUGCAGCAAUAUCACAAACACCGGCCUGUUGCUCGUUGCCUGGGGCUUGCACAGACUCAAGAGUCUUAACCUGCGCAGCUGCAGGCAUGUGUCCGAUGUGGGCAUUGGUCACUUGUCUGGCAUGACCCGCAGCGCAGCAGAGGGCUGCCUGUGCCUGGAGAAGUUAACCUUGCAGGACUGUCAGAAGCUGACGGACCUGUCUCUCAAACAUGUCUCAAAGGGUCUAAACAAGCUCAAAGUGCUCAACCUCAGCUUCUGCGGAGGGAUAUCAGAUGCAGGGAUGAUCCACCUGUCUCACAUGACCCACCUGUGCAGCCUGAACCUGCGGUCCUGUGAUAACAUCAGUGACACAGGAAUAAUGCAUCUGGCCAUGGGCUCCCUCCGGCUGACUGGACUUGAUGUCUCCUUCUGUGACAAGAUUGGAGACCAGAGCCUGGCUUACAUCGCCCAGGGGCUGUACCAGCUCAAGUCCCUCUCUCUCUGCUCUUGCCACAUCAGUGAUGAUGGCAUCAACAGGAUGGUACGCCAGAUGCACGAACUCAAGACCCUCAACAUUGGACAGUGUGUGAGGAUCACAGACAAAGGGUUGGAGUUGAUAGCCGACCACCUGACCCAGCUGACAGGGAUCGAUCUGUACGGUUGUACGAAGAUCACCAAGAGGGGCCUGGAGAGGAUAACACAGCUCCCGUGCCUUAAAGUGUUGAACCUGGGACUGUGGCAGAUGACAGAGAGCGAGAGAGUGAGGUGAAAUCUCUCCUCUGUGGUGUACAUGUGUGUCAUUGUGUAUAGUGCUCAGUUGUGAACUGAGGAGGACUGCCUGUAUCCAUUCUUAAUUUUACCUUCUAUACUGUGACUAAAAACAAGAAGAGGGACUCGGCAUUGAUCACUGGAAUAUUGUUCACCUGCGCUGCAAUACUCCACUCUUAGUUUCCGUCUUGUGCUCUCUUUUCAUGAUGUGCAUUGUUUAAUCUCAGCCUGUGUACAGUUCUUACUAUCUAGCUACCUCACCCAUCGAACACAGGAGUGCCUACUAUCGCGGAAUACUAGAUUACAUUGCAUAUUUUUGUGACUCACACACCAGUGGAGAUUUUGAUAUUUUAAAAACUCUCAUUGCAGAAGAAUAGCUAGGCAUUUUAACUCUUAACAGAAAGGCUGGAGUACCUUGGAUUGAAGUUUUGAUAGAAUAUUUUGUUUUGUUUUGGCUGAUGUAUUUUUUACUUGUGUAACCAAUAUUUUUUUUUUGUAUUGAAUGACUGUUGACAAAAUUGUACUUCAAAUUGAAGUGGGUGGAUCACUCCUGUCCGUCUUUGUUUACCUAUGUAUAGUUGGCUAUGUUUCAUAUUCCUGAGGAAAUACGUAUGUAUCAGAUGUUCCAGUAUGCUACUCUGUCAAAGGUUUAACAACACAACUACAGUAAGGCGUAGUAAUUAACAGCUGCCAAGGCUAUAUGCAAUACCCUAAAACUGUUUAAUCAGUGGUUUUUCUCCUGAGGAGCUUCCAAUGAUAGUGUCAGAGUAUUUGUUUAAAAAAGCAGUAAUUUAAGAUUGUUUUAUAUUCAUACAGUAGUGAUAUUUAUGAAUAAAGAUGGC